GAGCCCCCGCAGGCGUCUGUCAGCAACGGCGGCGACGAGGACAGCGGGAGGGAGCUGGUGGAGCUGAAGGUGAUCUGGAACAAGAACAAGUACGACGUGAAGUUCUGCCUGGACAGCACGGGAGCCGAGCUGAAGCAGAAGAUCCACUCGCUCACAGGCCUCCCGCCGGCCAUGCAGAAAGUUAUGUUCAAGGGACUUCUGCCAGAGGAGAAAACAUUGCGAGAAAUCAAAGUAACAAAUGGAGCCAAGAUAAUGGUUGUGGGCUCUACUAUCAACGAUGUGUUAGCAGUAAAUACACCCAAAGAAGCUGCUCAACAGGAGGUCAAAGCUGAGGAAAACAAGAAGGAGCCACUUUGCAGACAAAAGCAACACAGAAAAGUGUUGGAUAAAGGAAAACCUGACGAUGUGAUGCCUUCUGUCAAAGGUGUGCAGGAGCGGCUGCCCACGGUGCCGCUGUCCGGCAUGUACAACAAGUCAGGGGGAAAAGUCAGACUGACCUUCAAACUCGAGCAAGACCAGCUGUGGAUUGGUACAAAAGAGAGAACAGAAAAGUUACCCAUGGGGUCCAUUAAAAAUGUGGUGAGUGAACCUAUUGAAGGCCAUGAGGAUUAUCACAUGAUGGCAUUUCAGCUGGGCCCAACAGAAGCAUCUUACUACUGGGUCUAUUGGGUCCCAACUCAGUAUGUCGAUGCAAUCAAAGACACGGUGCUGGGGAAGUGGCAGUAUUUUUGAAAGCACGCUCACCUCUGGCACAGGAAAAUGACACAAAUCUAAGGACACUGCUGGGAGAGGCCUCCAACAUCCCUGGAUGUGACAGUCCUGGAACUUAUUAUUAAAACAUGCUAAACGAGGCAUGGAUGGAAGCCAGAGGUGAUGUUCUUUCACCAUUAGUUUACUUUUAACUUAAAGAUUUCACCAUCCCUUUUCUGCAGUCAGCUUCAACCAUAUUUAAAGCAAAUACAAUGGAAAUCAAUAAACCUUAAUUCACAAAAUAUCGUGUGUAAUACACUUAAAUCUGCUGAGAGUUGAUCUUCCAGUUUAGUUUUCAAAAGAAAAUAUUACAAUGUAUUAUUGAGGAUUUUUUACAUGGUUUGAACAAAACCGAAUAUUUUCAUAAUCUCUCAGUUAUCAGCAUUAGACUUAGUUUAGUUACUUGGUUGUGACUGGGACUUUGAGGAGCAGAUUUUUAGGAAUAAACUGUAGCAGUGCGCAGCGGCGCUGUUCGGUGAAGCCAUAUCCUGCUGGCCCUCAUGGCAGCUUCCACUCCUUGGUAGCAGAACUAAUUCUUUGUUUUAACCCAAAGAUGCCCUGCUUGUUUGGGAUUUUUCCUGGCCUUUCCCGAUCUGGCAGCUCCAGGUUGGUCUGUGUGGCGCGUUUGGAGCAGGUGAAUUCUGCGUGUUUUGUCACGGCAGGUGCCCUGGUGCUGCCAGCUGCUCCCCCUCAUGCCCGGUCAGUGCUUCACCUCCUGCCCUGGGCUGCUGCAUCUGGGGAGCGUUUUCUUGCUCGUGAUGUUGCAGCCCAGGAUCAUUCUGCAGCCUCUGUGUUGACACUGAGCUGUUGGACUGGAAACACGGCUGUGCUGCCUGGUGUGAGCAGGGGACACAGUGACAUGGACAUGGAUGGGAACACCGGGACGCUGCCUGGUGGGAGCGGGGUGACACAGAUCUCCCAAAGCAGGGGAGCCACAGAGACUUUCCUGCCCUGUUUGGGGUGGGGGCAGUAAGGGAGAGAGAAGCUGAGAUGCUGCUUUGGAUUCUUAGCAGCAGCAGCAGUCUUCUGUGAGCUGGAUUUGAAAAUUCGUAGCGAUCUUGAAUUCAGUGAAUCGUACUUUAGAUUAACCAUGCAGCAAGUGAUGUUUUGAAAUGUAAACCACCUUGCAGCUUUUCUCCUGUUCCAGUUCACGAGAAGCCCUCACAGCUCAUUCUGUCAGAAGGAACGUGCUGUGCCGUGGGCUGUGAUGCUCUGUGUGUCAUCCCAGCCAUCCGUGUGCCAUUUCUCUCAGGUGCUCUGAACGGAGCCCUCAGCCCUGACAGGUGCAAAGCCCAUAGCAGGACUUUGUGCAGCCAGACUGGAGCAGCUCACACAUCCUGCUCUGCAUUAGUGCUGGGGCUCCGUGCUGCUCCGUGCCAGUAGCUCAGACCCAUGCAGGAACAGCCUUGUAGGAGCAGCUAAUCUGAAUAUGUUCCAUGUCCACUCUUCCCUCUCCUUGAGGGAAGAGCCCAGUUGAAGCAUAGCAGGUGCAAAUUCCCAAAUUAGUAUUUAUUUUAUUUUUAUUUUACUUAAGAGACUGGAAAACACAUUGGCUUUCUGGUAGGUGUUGAGGUCACAGAUUUCCCUGUAGCCUCUGGAUAACAGUUUCAGUUUCUAUUUUCUGUUAGAACAGCCACACAAUAUGAGUUUUAAAGGUGUUUCAUAUCCUACAUAGAAACUAGUGAUGUGCUUGUUACUCUUGUAGCUUGAGGUAUUUCCUUUCUGUGUGCAAGCCAGCAGCAGUGUGUCCUGACAUGCGUGGCUGGGGCCAGGAGAGCCGUGGCAGCUCCCUUGGCAGUCCCUUGGAGCAGUGGGGACAGAGAGGAGCUGGCCUGACUUUACUGGUGGCAAUGUCAUGGAUGAAAUGCAGCCAUCACACUUGUGAUUUCCUGCUUGUCAGUCCUGGUGUUAAGGCUUAGAUGAAUUUGUUGCCUGGUGGAAGGUGUGGGCACUACAGGAUAAACAAAGGGGUGACACUGGCCCUUUCUGUCACCUGGGACACGUUGGCACUUGCCACCUUGCUGGUUCUGUGAUGAUCAGCUGCCAUUUGUUCCUCAACAUUCUCAGACCUCUCUGUGCAUCUGUUCAUGUUUCCUUUCCUGUUCCUUCACCCCUUUGCUCCUGGGGAGGGCACGGGCCCGAGUUCCAGCUCCUGCCCAGCUCCUGUGGCUUCUGUGCAGGACACAGUGACCGGGUGAGUAACUCUGGGGCGAUGGGGACAGGCACUGACCACUGCUGAUGCCCCUGGGGCACAGGGCAGUGUCACACUCCGUGCCAGAGGGGCACAGCUGCUCUCUCCUGGGCCAGGAGCCCAGCAGCUCCAAAGAGACUCAGCACAAACCCCUUGGUUACAUACAAAGCAAUUUUAAACAUGAAGAAAAUACUGUACACUAAGAAGAUGUGAUCCUGUUUGGGUCCUUCCUUGCAGGUUGGAUUUGAUUAGAAAAAUGAAAUUGUCUUAUUUUUUUGUUCUAUGUGCAAAAUUUGAAUUAAAAUACAGGAAAGUGGCUUAUAAAUGCUUUGGUUGGUGUUUGUUGGCUCAAUACCCCAGGCUUCUUGGGACCUCUUUGAAAUUAAUAUUGUAGUUGAAAUUUAGCAGCACUGCCUUUAAGAUCCUUUCUCUUUGGGAAUGAUGUGGAGUUUUUUUAUGUUCUGGCAUACACCAGCUUUUCCAAGGCAGCUAUUGACAUUAAGAAACCCUCCAUUUUUAGUGGGAUAGUGCCACAGUUGGUUCACAGCCAUUGCUUGCCUCUCUUUUGGCUGUGGAUUUUGUUCUCUGGUCACUGUGACCAUCCCAAGACAGCCUCAGCAUAACCAGUGGUCCCAGGGAGCAGUUUGGUGCUCAAUGAGACACAAUAUGUGAGUGAAGUGUGAGAACACUCGGUAUUUGGGGCUUGUGAUAAAGAUGAUUCUGAGAUCUGACAUAUAUUCUGUGAGAGGUUACCAGUAAGAGCUGCAGAGAUGUGAAUUUCAGUUAAAUUACAGUUCUACAGGGUGCUCUCAGUAGCCACUGCUUCCUGCUGUGUAGGUGUGAUUCCCUGGGAGCACCCUGGGGUGCUGCUCCACAUGAGGCUGCACUGAGUGCUUUCUGGGGUUGCUAAUUGCAGAUUAAAGUAUUCACGAGACAAAUGCAGGUCCCUGCAGGACACAGCUGGUGUUUGCUGUUGGCUGCUCCCAGAGCCCAGGCAGUGUCCCCUCCCUGCUGCCUCUUGGGACUCUUCCUGUCAAUCCCCAGCUCCCUGCCUUGUUCCAUGACUCUGAGUAUCACAGCUCAGCCGUGUGCCAUGCCUUCCCCCUCUCUGUGCCCAGCACUGCAGCUUUCUCCUCCUUGUCCCAAGUUCAGUGCUCUUUCCUCUGUCUGUGUAAGCAGUCCCAGGAUCACUGCUUUGUUGGGAAUGCAGAAGUGUUUCUCAGCCUGGUUGGGGUUUCAGCAAAGACUGUCUUGCAUGAAGAGCUUGUGUUACUGACAUGGUUUCAUACCAAGUUUAAAGUAAAUUAUUAAUUUCCAUUAAUGACAUUGGUGAGGAAUGUGUAACUACAGUCUGGAUGUUCUAGUGAUGGAAGAGAGUGAUCUGGAUUCAAAGGGGAUCACAAACUGUCACCACCACCACACUGCUGGUGCCCACUGCUCCAUGCUCUAAGGGCCAAAGAGGAACAAUUCUGUGCUGCUGGUGCCCACUGCUCCAUGCUCUAAGGGCCAAAGAGGAACAAUUCCGUGCUGCUGGUGCCCACUGCUCCGUGCUCUAAGGGCCAAAGAGGAACAAUUCCGUGCUGCUGCGCUGCCCAGGUGCCACGGUGGGGUGUGCUCUGCACCCCCUGCCCCACAGCACAGCGCUCCUGCUCCCAUCCUUGCAGCCCUUCUUUCCAGAAUUCCCUUCCUUCACUUCCUUUGUAACUUGGUUUCUCCGGUGGCACCGUUUUCACCCUCAGUUCUGUCCAGCAGCCCUUGUUUUGUUAGUGAAUGUCCUUGUCACCGGAGGGGAGCGGGGGACCAGGAGAGCCGUAGCAAGUCUUGUAUCAAACGUGGCCAUUUGACCUUCUAGCCAAGGAUUCGCUUUGGUAGCUCAUGGAAGUUCACUCUGUCUUAUCCAUACUCAAAGCAAUUAAUUCUUUGGUUUUAUAUUAAAAAUAAAAAAAAAAACUUAGAUAUUUGUGUCCACUGCAGAUUUAUUUUAAAUGGAUUAUGUGAGUACCAUGUAUUAUGGUAUUUUUAAAUAAUCUAUUGCCUAUUUUGGGGGGAGGGAGAUGACAAAUAUUUAGUCUUAGAUUUGCACUGCUGGAUUUUUUUAAGUGUAACCUCGACUGGUUAUCCUGGUGUUUUAUUCUGUAAAAUUAGUCUUACGAAUUAAAGUUUGAUAAUUAAGUA